AUGGUCAUAUCCACUCUGACGUGUGCCUUUUGUAGUUCUGGAUUCCUUCCGUCUUUCGUUGAGAGCUACAGUGUUAUAAAGAGAAACCCCUUCGUCUGGAGCAUACAUUCUAACAUCCGACUUUCCGCUGCUAGCUCUCUUCUGCCUAUUUUCAGAAAAAGGACGGAAAGAAGGUGUCAAGAUUGUUACCCGAUCGGCUGCUUGCUUGCUUGCUUUGCUUGUCUCUCGUUCGACUUCAGCCGUCAUUUUGCUUUGACACACAAGUAGGUAGAUAGGUGGGUAGGUAGAGGCAUGUCUAGCAAGUGCUGUUCUGAAACCACCAUCUCCCACCACCACCAUAGCCACAACCCA